ACAAGUAAGUUUAGUUUUUGUGUUCAGUUAUUUAAAAGUGAUUUUAAAACAACAAAAUGUCAACAUGGACGAUAGGAGAUAAAACUUUUAAUUUCGGUAAUAAUCCAUCUGAUUUUCCAAAAAAUGAUUUCCCAUCUUUUGGAUCUGAUUUUCCAAAACAUGAUUCCACAUCUUUUGGAUCUGAUUUUCCAAAACAUGAUUUUCCACAAAUAUUUAAAAUUUUUUUGGUAAUAUUUGUGUUGUUUGUAAUAUUGGGUGUAUGUUUAUCAUGCUAUUUUUAUCGUAAACAACGGGAAACUGUACGAGAAUUAGCGGCACAAGGAUAUUCUAUUGGGGUAGUUAGUGUUAAUGGACAACAGGGAUUUAUUGCAACACCACCUCAACGAACUGUUGUACAAAUGCAACAUCCUCCGCCAACUGCGUCUGGAGUAGCCCCGCCACCAUAUAAUCCAAAUUAUUCACACCCACCUGUAUAUACUACAAUGCCACAUCAAACGAAGUACUAGAGGUACAGAACCAAAAUAAGCGCCACCUCACAGAAAUAUUUGUAAACUCACACUAUAAUCAAUAGACAUUUAAUUUUUUCAAAGGUUUGUAAGAAUUGUUUUCAAAGUUAACAUAAUUGAAAUUGUUAUGCGUGAAAAUUCAAUAAAAUAUGUCGGUCACAUCGAA